AAUUUCGUAGUGGUCGGAUGAUGUUGGAAUUUUUAUUUCCAAAAUGGGUAAGGUUAAGUGCUCCGAGUUGCGCAAUAAGGACAAGAAGGAACUUUUCAAACAAUUAGAAGAGUUAAAGACAGAGUUGUCAAACCUUCGAGUGGCCAAAGUUACUGGAGGAGUUGCUUCAAAACUGUCCAAGAUACGUGUGGUCAGGAAAGCUAUUGCACGUGUGUACAUUGUCUACCAUCAGAAGAUGAAGGUAAACCUGCGUAACCACUACAAGAACAAGAAGUACAAGCCUCUAGACCUCAGAGUCAAGAAGACCCGUGCAAUGCGCAAGGCGUUGACAAAACAUGAAUCUAAGGUCAAGACCAGGAAAGAGAUCAGAAAGAAAUCUCUAUUCCCACCUAGAGUCUAUGCUGUGAAGGCUUAAUUAAAAAA